UAAUCAUGGGUUUGUGUGAAAAUACCAUUGUGUUCAUUUUGAUUUGCUCACUCACCUCAUCACUAAAUCCCUUAUGCAAAUGCAAAGCAUUUGAUCAAGUUCUUUGCAUUCCUAGUGAGCGACAAGCCCUGCUUAAUUUCAAGCAGCAUCUUCAUGAUCCUUCAAACAAGCUUGCCACUUGGUCUGAUGAUAACAAAAAUUGCUGCAACUGGACAUCAGUUUCUUGCAAUCAUGAAACAGGCCUGCAAAUUCCAAGUUUCCUUUGCUCAAUAAAGAGAUUGACCUAUCUCAACCUCUCAUAUGUGGGAUUCAGUGGAAGCAUUCCUCACCAAAUAGGAAAUCUCUCUGGUUUGCUCCAUCUUGACCUUGGAGGAAUCAUUCCACCAUGGGUUGGAGACAUUCUCUUAAAUUUGAAGAUCUUUCUCCUCAGAUCAAACCAAUUAAAUGGUAAGAUUCCCAAUAAAAUAUGCUCUUUGAAUUUGCUACAUAUCUUGGAUCUCGCACAGAACAACUUGACGGGACAAAUACCAAAAUGCAUCAAUCAAUUGAGUGUUAUGCUAGUAAAGAAUACCACUCUAGAGUCAUACAUCUAUGGCAAAAGAAAUGGAACUUCUCUAUCUAUAACUGAUGUGCUUCUAGAGCUAAAAGGAAGAGAUGAUGUAUAUACUUUGUUGGGCCUCGUCACAAGCAUAGAUCUCUCUGGUAAUAAAUUAUGUGGGGAGAUACCAAGAGAAAUUACAUCUCUCAAGGGGUUGCAUUUCCUGAACUUGUCAAACAAUCUUUUGAGUGGUAAGAUUCCUCAAAAUAUUGGAAACAUGGAAUGGUUGGAGUCAAUGGAUCUCUUAGAAAAUCAGCUUUAUGGUGUUACAAUACGAGGAGCUUAUCAAGGGAAAGAUUUAUGGUUGAACCUUGUGAUAUAUGUGGUACUGUUGGUUGGCCUAAAUCAAUUGCAACUUGCUCCAAAUGCAACACAUGAUUCUGAAUUGCUAUUCUCUGUGGUUGCCGGCCCCGGAUUUGAUGCUUCCAAUGAUAUAAGUGAAGAUGAGAUAACACCUUCAACCAGUAAAGUUCAAAAGACUUCAAUGAUUAAAGAACAAUCGUCUCAUUCAUUGGCAAGAGGUGACAACCUUGAUUCUCUCUCUAGCCCCUCCCCUCCCCUCCCUGGAAAGUGGAAUCUUGGGCACAUGCAAGCAAACCAUUUGAUGGAUAAAGAUAAUUUGAAGCUGUGA